AUGUUAGUAGGGGGGACCACUACUACUACUAUGACUCAUGACAGCAAUGAUGAUAAAGGUGACAGUGAUACACGUAGAAGUAUUUACGAGUUCAAAUAUCGUAUGUCUUUAUUAAUAACGAAAUUACAUGAAUUAAAUGAAUUGAAAUUGAAACAACCAAAAUUAUUCAAUAUUAAAUUCCCAUCAGAAUUUAUUCAAAAAAUAGAAAGACCAAAGAAGAGAGUUAAGAGAAAUACACAGGGAGGUAUUAGUAUGCUUAGAAGGAAAAGAAAGGGUGGCAAUACCCCUCCGAUUGAUGCUGCUGACGCGUCUGACGAAGUUGAAGAUGAUUUCAUUAAUCCUAGUUCUGCUGAAGAAAGAUUAAUUUCUUUAGAGCUAAUUUUGUCAAAUGAAGUAUAUGAAAUAUAUGAAGAGAUAUUUGAUUGCUUGAAACCUACAUUCGUUUCUUUGGAUAUACCGGGGGGGCAAAAGAUUCCCCGACUAUCUACAGUAUGCUCCUUUGAAAUCGGCAAGGAAAUGAUGCGAACCGCAAACAUUACAUAUUUUGAGGGCAAAACAACACUCAAUCUGUCCGAUUCAAAUGGGGAAUUAAAUAAAGUGAUAGACGACUGGUUACAGAGAGAACCUCGAGCAAUAAUGGAUCGUUACCGACUACAUUUCAUGGCUGGUUAUUUAAUACAUUUGCUUGUCUUUCAUUCCCAGUCUGUUCUAUUCCCACUGAUCCCAGUUAUAAUCCAAUGGCUACGAGAGCAGAAGUCUAUGCAUUUGAAUAUGUUGGGUCGGACAUUGUGUGACAGAUUUUGGCAAGCAACAAAUACAGAAACGGAUGAUGCUGAUGUUGCGUUGAAAGUUGAUCAUGUACAUAUAAAGAUAUUCUGGAGCCUUUAUGUUGUAGGAUAUUGGGAUACUUUUCUUCACAAUAGGCAGAUGAUGGAAAUAUUACAGUAUAUUGUGGAUAUACGAAUAUUUGAAAAAUUGGAACGAGAUCUUGGGUUGACUAAACGAUAUUUUCAAAACCAAAUAUUUUCAUUGUUAGAAAGAAAUAUUGAUCAUCCAAACACUAAUCCGAUUUUGAUUUCAAUUAUUGUUCGUAUUGUACAAUCAGCACUGACUGACUUCAAAAAGUGUGUAUCUAUCGGCAAUUUUUAUGACUACUUAGAAUCACUAUAUAGCAUGCUACUUGAGUUUGUUAGAAACUGGAUCGCCUUUCCAAUUGGCAAAAAGAAGUCAAUUUUUAAUGCAAAGUUCGCUGAUAAUGAUCGCAUAUUCUAUUCAUUGAUUAGAUUAUGUGAAUUUAGCAUCAAACAUCUAACAAAUAUAUUGAAGAAAGUGGAUGAUGAUUUUGGAUUGUUUCUGACUUUGUUUAAAAAAUUUGGCGCCCUUAAAGACACUAUAGAAGUUCUAGAAGCUUUCUAUCUUCAGAGCGAUCAGCCUAUUGAAAUAACAUCACCAGAAACAAUAUCUAAAACAAUAAUGGAUAUUCAGAAUACGUUGUAUAAUAUAAGAACUAACGCGAGGUUGGAUGCUUUCUUAGUUUGGUUAACGGAAAAGAAUCAAGAUGAACUAGCACAAAAAUUAAGUAAUGAUUACUAUAGUUGA